UGAGGGGUAAUGAGUAAAAUUCAUCAAAAUUCCAUAAAUCCCUAUUCAGGUUUUUCUCGAACACUCCGAGCACAGAGCAGCGGUCUCGUUGAAAGGAUUUAGUAUGGCAUCUGGAGCAGAAGGGAAGACAGUUCCGGACUGUGAAAAUGCGCUUGAAUGGGUUCAAAAUGAUAAGCGCAGAUUCCUGCACGCUGUUUACCGUGUUGGUGAUUUGGACCGCACCAUAAAAUUUUAUACUGAAUGCUUUGGGAUGCAACUUUUGAGGAAACGAGAUGUUCCCGAAGAGAAAUAUUCAAAUGCUUUCCUUGGUUUCGGGCCAGAAGAUUCUCACUUUGUAGUGGAACUGACAUAUAACUAUGGAGUCGAUAAAUAUGACAUUGGCGCGGGGUUUGGGCAUUUUGCAAUUGCAAGUGAAGAUGUCUAUAAACUGGUUGAGACCAUCAAGGCCAAAGGUGGGAAGAUCACUCGUGAACCCGGUCCUGUUAAAGGAGGGACGGCGGUUAUUGCUUUUGCACAAGAUCCUGAUGGUUAUCUCUUUGAGCUUAUUCAAAGGGGCCCAACACCUGAACCUCUCUGCCAAGUCAUGCUCCGUGUAGGUGAUUUGGAUCGUUCCAUCAAGUUCUAUGAAAAGGCUUGUGGGAUGAAGCUUUUGAGGACAAUAGAUAAUCCAGCUUACAAGUACACACUUGCCAUGAUGGGUUAUGCUGAUGAGUAUGAAACAACUGUUCUGGAGUUGACAUACAACUAUGGUGUUACAGAGUACACCAAGGGGAAUGCAUAUGCUCAGCUUGCUAUUAGCACUGAGGAUGUCUACAAAAGCGGUGCAGCUGUUGAAUUGGUUACAAAGGAGCUAGGUGGGAAAAUUACUCGACAACCAGGACCAAUUCCAGGAAUUAAUACCAAGAUCACCUCCUUUCUUGAUCCAGAUGGCUGGAAAGUGGUACUGGUUGAUAACUCAGAUUUCCUGAAAGAGCUUGGGCUGUGAUAAUGUUGUAGUGCAUCUCUUACUGCUAUGUUAUUGCCUUAUUGGGGAAAUAAUUGCAUGACUCUGAUGCCAUGCAACUGGAUUGUACGGAUGCUAUAUGAACCAUAACUAAUUCCCUAGUGUUCUUAA